AUGGCUCCUGAUAAGAAGGGAAGCAAGCGCAAGGGUAUCCGCACCUGUCGCCAGCGAUUCUCCUGCGAAAAAACCAAGAAAGUCGAGGCCAAAGCCGCCAAAGUCGUCGAAGAUGCCGCUCCCAAGUCCGUUUUGAAGAAGAAGGAGAAGGUCACUGCUAAGCCCAAGGAGACCAAGUCUGAGUCCACUGCGAAGGCCAAUGGUGCCCACGCUCGCCAGGCCAAGCCCCGCAAGCGUGCUGCCGAUUUCCUCAGCGAUGAGGAGAGUGAGAAGCCUGCCCCGGCCACCGAGAAGAAGCCCGUCAACAAGAAGACCAAGAAGGAUGAGACCAUCUCCGCACAGCCUGGAAAGAAGUCUGCCGCCGCCAAAGUCGCUAAGCCUGCACCGAAGCCCAAGAAGGUAGAAGAGGCGCCAGAGGAGUCUGACGACGAGGAAUUCGAUAUUGACGCUGCCGAGUCCGAAGAGAGUGAAGAAGAGUCGGAUGAUAUUGAGGAUGAUCAGACUGCCGCCCUCAUCAAGGGCUUCGAGAGCAGCGGCGACGAAGACGAGUCCGGCGACGAGGGCUAUGACUCGAAAAUGCCAAUUCCCAAGAUUCCCGAUACCAAGAAGGCAGAGAAGAAGAUGAAGAAGCUCCAACAGGGUGAGGCUAAGAAUGAGCCUGGUACCGUCUAUGUCGGACGCAUUCCUCACGGUUUCUACGAGCACCAAAUGCGCGCAUACUUUUCUCAGUUUGGCGAGAUCACCAAGCUCCGCCUCUCACGUAACCGCCUGACCGGUCGCUCGAAGCACUACGCCUUCAUCGAAUUCGCCUCGAUCACUGUCGCCAAAAUUGUUGCCGAGACCAUGGACAACUACCUGAUGUAUAGCCACAUCCUUAAGUGCAAGUUCGUUCCCGCAGAGCAGCUGCACCCCGAGGUCUGGAAGGGAGCCAACCGCCGCUUCAAGCGGACCCCAUGGAACCAGAUUGAGCGGAAGCGUCUGCUGAAGGGCAAGACACGCGACCAGUGGUCGAAGCGCAUUGAGCAGGAGCAGCGCAAGCGUCUGGCCAAGGCUGAGAAGCUGAAGGCUCUGGGCUACGAGAUCGAUCUGCCUCAGCUCAAGGCCGUCGAGGAAGUGCCCAUCCAGGUGCCGGAGGUAGAGGAGCCCAAGGCCGUUGAGGCUGCCGCUACCGAGGAGGCUACCGAGGAGGCCACCGAGGAGCCUGUGAAGGCCAUCGAGACCCCCGCCACCACUGAUGAUACCCCUAAGAAGACGAAGAAGGGCAAGAAGACGGAGCAGGACACUCCUAAGGAGGUCGUGACAGAGUCUCCAGCAGCCAAGUCUCCUGCCACCAAGACCAAGAAGACGGCUAAGAAGACUGGCAAGUCCAAGGCCAAGGCGUAA